AGGCGCACACACAUAGACAGGCGCAUACACACACACAGACACACACACACAUCUACACACACUUACACACACAGACAGGCGCACACACAUAGACUGGCAAAUACACACACACACACACAGAAAAUACACAUCAGCAGCUGUGUUUCCUGUCCUGCAUAUCAUGAGAGCAAGAAGCUGAGCGGGGAGGAGAGACUGUGCGCACACACACACACACACACACACACACACACACACACACCCCUCAGACUUGGCUCAAUUCAACACCUUCAAUAUUGAAAGCAGGAGCAGUGAAAAGAGACUCCAUGAGAAAGAGGUGAAGAAGAAGCUGUUUUUUAUUUCUGAUGUUUUUAGUUUUUAUUUCUACAUAAAUAACGAGAGAGAGAGAGAGAGAGAGAGCUUGAUCUUCUCCAGUAAAAUGGCUCUCCUGGUGUCCUCCAGCUGCAUGGUUUCUUUCGUCCUGCUUUUCAUUGCGUCUCUCGCUCUGAUCUCAUCCACAGACGCUGAGACUCCGACCUGCUCACCUUCUCUACUGGGAGUUCGCGCGUUUAGAGUCAUAUACCAUAGAUGCAACACAACAAUUUCUGAAAAGGACAAGAAGGAUCUCCAAGCAGCCACCACGGUUCUCCUGGUUCCUCUUCUCUACCUGGUCUCUUUUGUGUUCGGUUUCCCUGCUAACCUUCUGGCUCUAUGGGUUCUUAUCUUCCGCACAAAAAAGUUUCCCUCCACCAUUCUGUUAGUGAACCUCACCUGCUGUGACCUUCUGCUUCUCCUCAUGCUUCCCUUUCGCAUCAUCUACCACUUCCAGGGGAACAACUGGAUGUUUGGAGAAGGAUCCUGCCGCGUGAUAAUCGCUCUGUUGUAUGGAAACAUGUAUGGCUCGGUCAUUUGCCUGGCGCUCAUCGCAGUGGACCGCUACGUGGCUCUGGUGCAUCCGUUCGGUGCCAAAACGCUACGGAGUCGCAAGACGUCCAUUCUGAUGAGCGUGGUGGUGUGGGUCACAGUGGUGAUCGCAACUGUUCCUUUGCUAACAUCGCGCCAAUCUUACUUCAUAAACAAUCUGUCCAUUACGACCUGCCACGACACUCUUCCUGACGAUAAUCAGAACUACCUUGUGCUGUAUUUUUACAUGCUCUUCUUCCUCUGCUUUCUUCUCCCGUUGUGUGUGGUGGUUUUCUGCUACGGCGCCAUACUGCGCACACUAGUGGCCGCUGGCACUCGCUACGCCCACGCGACCCGCGUCACGGCACUGGUGCUGGUGGUUUUCAUCGUCUGCCUGCUUCCCAGUAACGUGCUCCUGCUCAUGCACUACUCCAAAUGGUUGUACUCGUCUAAGAGCACGAAGAAUUACGAUGAAGGUGAAGAAGAUGACAGAAUAUCUCACAGCUACAAUCGACUCUAUGUGCCGUACAUGAUCAGUCUCGCUAUCAGCACCUUCAACAGCUGCAUCGACCCCUUUAUCUUCUACUACGUCUCAGAGGACUUUCGAGAAAAAGCCAGAUCGUUGAUAUGCUGCUCGAAAAACUUCCAUGAAGCCUCUUCUGGAAGCUCCUCAGGCACCAUGAGGUCAAAGGUCACACUGCUGUCUAUGACAGGAAAAACUAAAGGAGUUUCGGAAAACGGUGGAGCAAAAUCCUAAAGCGGAUCGCAGGUCAAGGGGAGGAGUCAGGAAGACGAAGACGAUGACGAUUAUGUGGAUAAAAAUUUUAACGUAGAUAAACGACUCUGUGUUUUAAUAUGUGAUAUUAACUAAUAAGCUAACUGCCCCAGACUUGAUCUUAUUUGCUUCUGUACUAGCAUGCUGUGUAGUUAGAGGCUAGCAUGCUAAGCUAGAUUACAGUAACGAGUGAGUGACACUCUACUCAUUCAUCUUACAGACACCCCCACAUGAGCUGCAGUAAUGGAACAUUCCAUAAAGCAGACACUGAAGGACUGAACCAAGGGGAAGUGAACAGGGGAAGUGGUUUAGUGACCAGGUAAAAAGUUCAACCGAAGAGUUUGACAUUUAGAACAAAUCUGAACUUUUACUGAAGUGAAGCAGAAAGAGAGGAUUAAAUAUUGAUUUUAACCAUAAAACUGUAAAACUCAGACGGAUCAGCGGGUAGAAGCUGUGUUACUCUGUACAUGGUUUUGGAUAAUGAGUGUUUGUGUGUGUGUGGUCAUGCAUGUACGUGUACAUGUGUUUGUGCAUGUGUGUUUGUGUGUGUGAGACAGUUGUGUAUAAACAAGAUGUGUGUGUGUGUGUACAGCAUGAGCAUCAUGAGCGUAGCAUUCCUUUGUGAUUAAUGAAGAGAGUAAUGAGGGUUCAUGAAGGAUUUAAAGAAGCUCCUGAUGUGUAUUUCAUCUUAAAUCAUAUAACAUUGAUAAAUCUUUACAGUUUUAAAGUAUUAGAAUAAAUGAUCUCUGUAGACUUUUUAUUUUUAAUUAGUGUUUUCUAUUUUGGAGGAAGAGCUGCUGAAGGAUAACAUAAAAAAAUAAAUAAAAUAAAAUAAAAUAAAUCUUCCUUGUUGUAAACGAUCGUCUUUACACUAAAUCUGUAGUGUGAUAUUAAUCGUGAAAUUAAUUGUAACUCAAACAUUUACUGGCUGUUUACUCGCUGACUGUUUUCUAAAAAGAUAGUAAUAGUAGUAAUAAUCUUUCCUAGCUGAGUCUUCAAUGCUGAUUUAAAACUUAAAGUAUACACUGAUUUUAUCUUGCACCAGUGUCAGUGCUGUGUAUCAGUGUGUGUAUCUGUGUGUGUGCAUGUGUGUGUGUGUGUGUGUGUGUAUCAGUGUGUGUGUGUGUAUCAGUGUGUGUGUGUGUGUGUGUGUCUGUGUGUAUGUGUGUGUAUCAGUGUGUGUGUGUAUAUGUGUGCGUGUGUGUAUAUGUGUGUGUGUGUGUAUCAGUGUGUGUGUGUGUGUAUGUGUGUGUAUCAGUGUGUGUGUGUGUAUCAGUGUGUGUGUGUGUGUGUGUGUCUGUGUGUAUGUGUGUGUAUCAGUGUGUGUAUCUGUGUGUGUGCAUGUGUGUGUGUGUGUGUGUGUGUAUCAGUGUGUGUGUGUGUAUCAGUGUGUGUGUGUGUGUGUGUGUCUGUGUGUAUGUGUGUGUAUCAGUGUGUGUGUGUAUAUGUGUGCGUGUGUGUAUAUGUGUGUGUGUGUGUAUCAGUGUGUGUGUGUGUGUAUCAGUCAGAGGUGAAGCUGGAACUUGAAGUUCUCCAGAUCUUCAGGACAGAGGAGUUUACACUUCUGUGUGUUUCUCAGUAACAUGAGCAGCUGAGAUUUAUUUUCUCUUAUUAACCUGAAGAGAGAGAAUAAAGAGAGACUGCUGAGGGGAUGAGUGUUUAUAGCUGAGAGAGAGAAUAAAGAGAGACUGCUGAGGGGAUGAGUGUUUAUAGCUGAAGAGAGAGAAUAAAGAGAGACUGCUGAGGGGAUGAGUGUUUAUAGCUGAGAGAGAGAAUAGAGAGAGACUGCUGAGGGGAUGAGUGUUUAUAGCUGAGAGAGAGAACAGAGAGAGACUGCUGAGAAGACGAGUGUUUAUAGCUGAACAGAGAGAGAGAAUAAAGAGAGACUGCUGAGGGGAUGAGUGUUUAUAGCUGAGAGAGAGAAUAGAGAGAGACUGCUGAGGGGACGAGUGUUUAUAGCUGAAGAGAGAGAGAAUAAAGAGAGACUGCUGAGGGGAUGAGUGUUUAUAGCUGAACAGAGAGAGAAUAAAGAGAGACUGCUGAGGGGAUGAGUGUUUUAUAGCUGAGAGAGAGAAUAAAGAGAGACUGCUGAGGGGAUGAGUGUUUAUAGCUGAGAGAGAGAAUAAAGAGAGACUGCUGAGAAGACGAGUGUUUAUAGCUGAACAGAGAGAGAGAAUAAAGAGAGACUGCUGAGGGGACGAGUGUUUAUAGCUGAGAGAGAGAAUAAAGAGAGACUGCUGAGGGGACGAGUGUUUAUAGCUGAACAGAGAGAGAGAAUAAAGAGAGACUGCUGAGGGGAUGAGUGUUUAUAGCUGAGAGAGAGAAUAAAGAGAGACUGCUGAGGGGAUGAGUGUUUAUAGCUGAACAGAGAGAGAAUAAAGAGAGACUGCUGAGGGGAUGAGUGUUUUAUAGCUGAGAGAGAGAAUAAAGAGAGACUGCUGAGGGGAUGAGUGUUUAUAGCUGAGAGAGAGAAUAAAGAGAGACUGCUGAGAAGACGAGUGUUUAUAGCUGAACAGAGAGAGAGAAUAAAGAGAGACUGCUGAGGGGACGAGUGUUUAUAGCUGAGAGAGAGAAUAAAGAGAGACUGCUGAGGGGACGAGUGUUUAUAGCUGAACAGAGAGAGAGAAUAAAGAGAGACUGCUGAGGGGACGAGUGUUUAUAGCUGAGAGAGAGAAUAAAGAGAGACUGCUGAGGGGACGAGUGUUUAUAGCUGAACAGAGAGAGAGAAUAAAGAGAGACUGCUGAGGGGACGAGUGUUUAUAGCUGAGAGAGAGAAUAAAGAGAGACUGCUGAGGGGACGAGUGUUUAUAGCUGAAGAGAGAGAGAAUAAAGAGAGACUGCUGAGGGGACGAGUGUUUAUAGCUGAUAGAGAGAGACUACAGAAAGGAACUCACUUCAUUGAUAUUAUUUUCUUGCAUUUUAUUAUUAUAGUUAUUAUUUAUAUUAUUUUAUUAUUAUAUAUUUUAUUUAUAUUUUACUGUAACCUCCAACACACACACAGACACACACACACACAGAAACACACAGACACACACACAGACACACAGACACACACAGACACACACACAGACACACACAGACACACACACAGACACACAGACACACACAGACACACACACAGACACACACAGACACACACACAGACACACAGACACACACAGACACACACACAGACACACACAGAGUAAAUAUUAAUACAGUUUGAACUGUAAUGAAGCUUUUUUGUUAUGAAUUAUGCAUGAAAUUGAACUGAAUUGUGAACUGCUUUUCAGCACAGAAAUGGAAUUUUAUCACUCGUGUUUUUCUUGGUUUUAUUUUUUUGUUUUUUUUCUUUAGAUCAGUCUCUUUGUAACAUUCUAAAAUAAUAUAAAGGCUAAAAAUGAAGAUGUUCUGUGAGCAUGUGUUUAUUUUCUCGAGGUCGUUGUGGGUAAGCACAAAAAGCUCGGGUUUUGUUGUGUGUGCUUCUGUGCAGUAAACAAUGCCUCGGUCUCCCAUUAGCAGGCUGGCUAAUCACCCAGAUUGUGUCUAACACUGUGUCUAAUCUAAUAACUGUAACCAAACACACACACACACACACACACGUGUGCACACAGACAGAAAAUCACAUGAUGAUCCGUAUAUAAUUAAACCCAGUGGUUUAUUCUCUUCUGCCACAUGCUACACAUGGAAUAUGAAAUAUGCUAACAUAUGAUUACAGGAAGUUCCUGAUCCUGAGUAUAAAGUAAACUCUGAGCUCCUGAGAGUUCUGUAAAAGCUGUAUUUCUCUUCUACUAUAUUGUCUGUUUAACGGAUAGAAGAUGUAUGAGUAUGUAAGAAUGUGUAAUAAAGAAUCUCAUGAUUAAA